UAUAGAAUUAAAAACUCUCACACGUAAAAGACGAAUAGUACUCUAGAGAUCAACCUAAUGGAAUCACAAUCCCACUCUUCUUCUUCUUCUUCUUCCACCUUCGCUAACACCAACCCGAAACAACCCCAUUUCCACGCGCCCCUCCGAGCGGUUCGCAAGGUUCCGGCGAAGCCGUGGAAGAAACCCGUAGCGCCACUACCGCCGCCAACCCCACCGGGAAUAUACAACGUGGAGCCCAAAGACUUCAAGGACCUGGUUCAGAAACUCACCAAGGGACCCGACUUUCAAUCCCGCCGCCUCGAAAGGGUGGCGCCUCCGCCCCUCAGUCUACCGACGACCGCAGCAGUAUCUGAUGGUGAAAAACCAGCAACAGCCCAGGAUCUCCUUCCCUCGCCGUAUACUAAUACGGCACCCUUGGGAGCUGCAGUACUCAGCCCUCUGGGAUUUAGUUCGUCUCCAACGUCACGUGCGUGGAGUACGUUCCUUCUCACGAGUCCGGGAACCACGCCAUCUUGGGAGCAGAGCACAAUGUUCUAGAGUAAAAUCAUUUUUUGGGUUUAUUUGAAGUGUGAAUUAUAAGUUCGUUUUUUUUGUAAGCUGAGCUAAUCAUUUUUUGAUUUUCGUCAUAUCAGCAGCUCCUACAAAGCUGGUAAAAGAAACAAUAAAAAGGGCACCAUCAAUUUCUGUUUA